UACUCACCUUAGACAAACAUGUUCACCUGAUAAUUGAUAAUUAUUAUCUAUGAGCACGUCGGAGCAACAUUUCAAAUGAUAUCAUAGUUGACAUCAGUCGAUUGAUGCAUUGUUAAGUUUAUCGUGUAGCUUAAAACCAACUUUUGGUGAACAUGUACAUGUAAUUAUGGAUCACUACACAGUAAAGUGUUUUUUCAAAGGAUUAUGUUUCAUUGCUUGCAUUGGAGGAGCAGCCUCAUCGCCGCCUACUAUUUCUGGAAUAUCGAGCAGCACUGUUUUGUCGUUUGAUGAAACAAAUACUAUAAAUUUCACGCUGUUCACUUUUACUGUGACUGACGAGAAUACAGUAACCAUUGAACCGUAUGACGGAGUCACAAGAAGCCUUGCUGUAGCUAUUCCUAAUGAGAUUAGUCCUCAGUCAGGACAGAAACAUCAAGUCAAUGUUACCGUGAUGACCAUCAAGCCACUUGACAGAGAUCAGGGCACGGGUGGACAGUCGCUGUUUCAGCUUAGGUUUAAUAUCAGGGACUCGGAGGAAAACACCGUGACAACACCGAAUGUGUAUAUACAAGUGAAUGAUGUCAAUGACAACGCGCCGGAGUUUAAAAAUCUGCCCUACAGAUGGGAUAUAGACGAGAAACCUUUCAAUGCAUCGGCGAUUUAUAUGAACAUCAGAGCAGAUGACACAGAUAGCGGCGAAAAUUCGAGGUUAAGCUAUAGCAUGAAGCCAAACACGAAGUCCCAGGACGCAAACACGGAGUAUAACAGUCAUUUCAAUAUCACUACGGACACUGGGGUGGUGCAUUUGUUGAACGAACUGGACUAUGAGCAGAACAGUUACUACCAAUUCACAGUCACUGUGCAGGAUCACGGCAAUCCACCUAAGAGUGCAACUGCGGAUCUGAUCAUCAGGGUAAAGGACGUACAAGACACUCCACCAUUCUUCACCGCUAAUCUGUACAGAACAGCGUUUGAUGAAAAUAUGCAUAUGAACACGCCAGUUGUACAAGUAAAUGCACGCGAUGGCGACGUUGGUGCCCCCAACGAUGUUACUUAUCAAAUAUUGCCAGAUGAUGGGUGCUCAAAACUGUUUAAUAUAUACUCAAAUGGUACGGUUUGUACAAAUGAUUCAAUCGAUAGAGAUGAAGGCGUUUUACUGAGGAAAUAUGGAGAAUGUAUAUUGACUGUACAAGUACACGAAGUAAACCAGGCCAUGUUUCCCCAGUAUGGUAAUACUUCCGCCGAAACAAAUGUGACCAUCAUCAUCAACGACCUCGAUGACAAUUUUCCGACGUUUAACCAGUCAAUAUAUACUGGGUCGAUAUUUGAAAAUUCCGGCGAGGGUGUGGCAAUACAGAUUCAUGGUGGCAUCUACGUUAGCGAUAAAGAUCAGGGAGACAAUGCAAACCUGAAUAUCAGUGUAACAUUUGCGGAUGGAUCGCCUUGCCCAACGUUCGCACCCGACCCUUCUUUUGUGUCACAAUAUGGUGAAAUCAGAAUAAAAGUUACCAACAAUAAAAACUACACGUUGUUAGAUUACGAGCAAACUAAAUCAUUCGAACUUUUGGUUACUGUAUCGGAGUCUUUAAACGCGAAAAACAGUGCCACGGCUACCGUCAACGUGACCGUUUUAGACGUUAAUGAUAACGUCCCACAGUUCUUAAAUGGAUCGUACGAGUUGAGCAUUCACGAAAACCCAGCGAAUGGAACUUCUGUUGGGAGAGUAACGGCCACAGACAAGGACAAGAUGUAUGGUAAUGAGAUACUUUCGUAUUCGCUCCUGGGUGGACAAUGGUUUACUAUCAACAAUGCUACGGGUGAAAUAUCUACCUAUUGCGCACCAAAUGUCCUGGACAGAGAGCGACAAGACACGUUCUUCAUGACGCUAACGGUGACUGACGCUGCGGGUCACAGAAAUACUUCGUCAUUGAAUAUUACGUUAACAGACGAGAACGACAACGAUCCGAAGUUCCGCCAAAAUGUAUAUGAAGUUCAAGUGGAUGAGAUCAUGAAUUAUACACAUCCUAUUAUCACUGUCAAAGCAACUGAUGCCGACAUGGUAGAUUCCGAGAAUAGUUUGCUUUAUUACAAUAUAACACAGACGUCUGAUGCACAUUUUAUGAACAACGUUACCAUUAAUGAGUCCACGGGAGAGGUUUCCCUUCGUCAGUCGAUUGAUUAUGAGGCUAUAAAUCAAACUUUGAAAGGGAUAAUAAAUAUCACCAUAAUGGCGUUUGAUAACGGUCAACCACAACGUAACGACACUUCAGUUGUGAGGCUCACGAUACAGGACAUUAACGACUGUGCACCUGUGUUCAAUAAACCAGGGUAUUCUGGAGAAACAUUUGAGAAUGAAACAUCGACAUUGGGAGCAGAAUUUGUGGUAGCUACUGUAAACGCUACGGAUAAUGAUGGAACUGACAGAAACAAAGGAAUCAACUACUUCAUAGUAUCAGGAUCAGCAGGAAAGUUCCGAGUUGACCCAAUAUCGGGCGAAGUGGCCAUUCAAGUCGAUGCUGAGCUGGACUACGAACGUGUUAAGAACUACACACUAACCGUCAUGGCUCUAGACCAAGGCUCGCCACCCUUAAAUUCUACGACGAUUGUUAGAAUUCAAAUAAAGGAUGUAAACGAUGUGUCCCCAAUAUAUACUCCUCAUUCCUGUAACAUAGCAGUCCUUGAGAAUACAACUCAGGGUCCCUUAAAUCUGGCGUGUAAAGCAACGGAUAACGAUACACAUAUGUAUUUAAAUUACAAAAUACUUUCCGUUUUGGGUGCCUUUGACGAGGUUGGACAUCUUGUUGAUGUAAAUUUGACCACGGACUGGUUCAAAGUCAAUUUAACAAAUGGAGACAUAAGUGUAACUGCAUUAGCUGACCGGGAAAUAGCCAAGACAGUUAAACUACAAACACAAGUUGAGGACCUUUACGCAGAACACCCGAAACCGCAGUAUGACACAGCGGAAAUAUCUAUCACAUUGAAUGAUACAAAUGACAACGACCCACAGUUUACAUCCGAGGUUUAUACUGGAAGUGUUACUGAAAUAGCACCAAAUAACACCAAUAUUCUUACCCUAAGUGCGACCGACAAAGACGAAAACAGGACAAUCACUUACAGCCUUCAAACACCGCAUGCGGCUUUCCAAAUUCAUAAUGUCACCGGGAUCUUAUCAAAAGUCGGAUACCUUGAUCGAGAGACCAAUGCAAACAUCACUCUUACAGCAGUGGCCACUGAUAAUGGUGAACCAACGCGUUCCUCAAUCGUACAAAUCAAAAUUAAUGUUAUCGACUUUAAUGACAAUACACCAACUUUCCUUAAUUUUGAAAGGGAAAUAACAAUUCCAGAAAACGCUUCCAGCGAGACGUUUGUUGUUGUUGCAAAUGCAACGGAUGCGGAUGCGGGUGAAAAUGCAAGAGUCAUUUACAGAAUAAUUGCUGGCAAUUCAGAAAAUAAAUUUAAUAUUACCCCCGACACUGGUGAAAUUUCAGUCGCAUCUCUUUUGGAUCGUGAAAAGACAGCCAACUACGAUUUGACAAUAGAGGCUUCAGAUAACCCUGAAGACCAUUCGCUUCAAAAAUCGAACACUACACAUAUUGUUAUUAAAAUAUCGGAUAUUAAUGACAAUCCACCGACAUUUUCCAGUGGCUAUAAAGAUCGUGUUCUUGAAACGGCAAAAAAUGGAACGCUGAUUCUACGAGUAAUGGCAAAAGAUGCUGACGACGGUGAGAACAGUAGAGUAACUUACACAAUGGUCGACGAUGAAAAUAUGUUUUUCAUUUCAACAGAUGGAGAUAUUUCAGUUUCUGCUGAUCUGAAAGAUAAGGUCGGGAUGUAUAAUUUAACUGUAAUCGGUACAGACCAUGGAAAUCCACAACUUAUGGGAAACGAAACCGUACAUAUUAGCGUCGAGGAUGUCAAUCUAUAUGCUCCACUUAUUGGACAUAUACCAAGGGAUUCAUUAAUAAGAGUUUAUGAGUGUGAGACUAUUGAUAAGCUUAUCUGGACUUUCAACUACACAGACAGGGAUUACGGCCAAAAUGCAAAUUCAACUUUCGAUAUCAGUGAGUAUGAAGAAGCCACAACCUUAAAUAACAACACAUUUGAGAUGAGGGCUGAUGGACAACUCAUACUGAAGAAAUCAUUAGAUGUAAACAAGCAAGCCGAAUAUAAGUUUUACCUGCGUGCCACAGACCAGGGCAUCCCUACUCCAUUAUCAAGCCAAACACUCAUAAAAGUCAAUGUGAUUGACGUCAACAACCACCUGCCCACGUUCCUCUAUUCGGAGAGUAAUAUGACGCUUCUAGAAAACUCAACUUCCAAUGUAACUGUAGGGACUGUACACGCAACGGAUGAAGACAAGGACGGCAAACCCUGCUAUUCGUUCAAAGAUGAACCACUGCGAGAAAAUUGGACAUAUUAUUUCGCGUUAAACAACACAACUGGCGAUAUAACAAACAUUCAACCAGUGGACUACGAACAGAUACAUGUCAUCAAGUUGUUAAUACACGUGGAUGACUGCUCCAUCCAGACAAACGCUUCGUGUGCAAACAAUACCAAACUAAGUCUAACAGAAGGAAAACUAGACCUGACUGUAAGCGUUAUGAUUGAAGACAAAAAUGACAGUCCACCAGUUUUUAACGAACGCAAACUGGCAAUUGGCAUGUUGUACGGCACAAAAAUUGACACUGAAUUUGAUUUAAAGCUCAAGAAUGGGACGUACGUUCACGACAACGACUCCAAAAAGUAUGGUUCGGACUCGUGGAAAUUCUACAACGAUGGACCUGUCAUAGUAAAUGUUAAAGGUGACUUGAAACCAGACAGCGGUUCUAAAACAUGUGAGGAUAAUAAGACUCAUCUGUUUUGUGUGACGCACGAUGGAACAAUUAAGGUUAAUAAAAACAUCGACGAGACGCUCUCUGGGUACUUCAUUGUCCCAGUCUUGGUGAAUGACACUGCGGGGGAGGAUAGGGCAAACAUAACGAUAUAUCUUAUCAGCAUAUCGCAGAUUGUAACGUUCAACAUUCGGCAUAACACAGUGGAAGCAGAUAAAAUGAAGGACGACAUACUGAGAAAGUAUAGUGAACUAUUCGGUUACGAUUUCGUCUUUGAUAAGCUCUCUGCCCAUCUGAUAGAUGGUAAAGCCGUCUCAACAAGUUCUGAUUUGGAAUUCCACGUUGUUAAUCGAGAUACUAAAGAGAUUCUUCAGAAGAACGACGUAUACACAUUGAUGGAAAAGAAGUCGGAGGACGACACACUUGUGGGUCUAAUGAAUCAAUACAAUAUAGGAACAUCCUUUCAGGCAACAUCUAACUCCAAAACCGGAACGGAGGAAGAGUCGAAAAGGACCUUCUACAUUCUGGUUGGCGUCACUGCUGGUGAGGCGUUGGUCAUCCUCCUGUUUAUAUACGUGUGGAUGAAUACCAAGAAUAGGUACAAGCGUAAACUGAAGGCAGCAAACAUUAAUGUGAAAGACUUCGAGAUGAAUGAAAUGGAUGAAAUUGUACCAUCUAUACCUGGAAGCAACAUGUUCUCGAAAAGCAAAAACCCUCUAAUUGACGCAGAUGUCAAAGAUUUAAAUAAAGGAAUGGCGUUCAACAACGAUUCUUACCAAAAGUACGAUGAUCUAAACCUCGAUGAGAACGCGGUCGAUGCCCGUGCCGAACACAUGCACACCGUGUACGACUCCAUUGAGGAAAAAGAGGUCACCAUGGACAUGUACACAGACGACAUGCCACCGGGCGCUUACGGGAGGAACGCCUCAAUGUCCAGCGAGGACCUGCUAGGAGCUACUCUGCAGCUGCACGCGCUGCACAAGUCCAGAGAGAGUCUUGAUAAUUUGGAUGCAAGCCUAGACGAGGCGACGGAGGAGGAGGAUGGUUAUGAGUUCCAGGGAAGGACGCGAAUUAACCCGGCCUUUGAUGAUGAUCUCGAAUGCACAGAGAUUUAAUUAACCAUGCAGCGGUCGCAUACCAAACAAUGUUCUGCCUCACAUCCAGAUAAAUUCUAGCAUUGUUUAGCAUCACUAAUUGGAUUCUCUCUCAAUGAAUGUAUCCAUUGUAUUGUAUGUGUUUGUUUUAUUUGCUGAUUAUUUUUUUAUUGCUUAUAUGUAUUUAUAUUACUCGGACAAUGCUUUGUGCAAUGUGCAAAUAUUUUAUAAUUAAAUACAAACUACACAUGUUAUUUAUACUAUUCAGAAUAGUUUUGUGCAAUGUAUCACAUCGCUUUCCAUACUUAGUGUGCCUGUACAUAUUAGAGAUAUACAGUAAACAAAACAGUCAUAAAGUGAUGCAUUAUACUAUAAUCUGCAUAAUUUUUUUAUGAAUGUGCGAAUGUGAUAUUUGUACUGAUUCAUUUAUGGUUUGGUAUGUUUCUAUGAGUGAACAUAUUUUUUUACCAUGUGUAUUUUCUUUUCAUCGAUCAUGUUUGAAAAAAUGUGUGUACCAAGGUUUUUUUAAUUUAAUAUUUCAAUUUGAACAUUCAGUUCAUUUCCAUCAGACAAAAAUAUAGACUUUUAAUUAAAAAUACUUAAACGUCAUAAACAAGCACUUUGCUACGAUGUUCCUAUUUAUCGGCAAGAACACUUUUAUUUAACAAUGUUGCUUAUAUAUGCUGGGCGUUUAAAUAUUGUUUUAAAUUAAAAAUGUAUUACAAAUUGUCAAUUGUUUGAAAACAUUGUUCUGAAAUAAAUUAGUGCAGUCUC